AUGUCCUAUGGAGUAUGUACUGGUGGUGCAUACAAUGCAAUGAAUUGCUGCAAACCAUACCCGUUCCCUCCACAUAGUCUAGACAAACAAACGCCAAUUUGCCGCGCGCAAUGUCAGUUUGGAUAUAACAUCGAUUAUAACUACGACAAGAUUUACGCAAAUUCCGCAUAUUUCGUCGCUGCGAAUGAAGAUGCGAUUCGAAAGGAAAUCUUCAUGAAUGGACCCGUUCAAGCAGGAUUCUUUGCUUACAGCGAUUUCCAUUAUUACAAGAAUGGAGUAUACGUGAGAUUUUUUCUUAAAUCAUUGAGUUCAGCCCCAAUGGGGAAAAAAGAAGGAGGUCACGCUAUCAAAAUCAUAGGAUGGGGUGUAGAGAAUGGUGUGAAAUACUGGCUCGUUUCGAACUCCUGGAACUAUGACUGGGGAGACAACGGUCUCUUCAAGAUACGCCGAGGAACCAACGAAUGCGGGAUUGAAGAAAGAGUUGGCGCAGUUAUUAUGAAUGCUUGA